AUGUCUCAUAAAAAUACGGAUUUUGUGAUAGUGAAAUUUGAUUAUGAGGCAUCAGAUAGUCAUGAGCUUGGAAUUCAAAAAGGUGAAAAAUUAACACUUAUCGAUGAUAGCCAACAUUGGUGGAAGGUGAUGAAUUCCUUUGGAAAGACUGGCUAUGUCCCUAGCAAUUAUGUCAAGCGUUCAAAACAAGGUAUAUUUUCAAGUUUGCGAAAUACUCUGGGCGCCGGAAAAAUCGUCAGGAAGGUACAAGCACUAGACAGUCCAAUCCUUCUUCACCUACCCCGGAUGGGAGUAAUGGCUUUUCAGCUUUUGAUUUACGACACGAAAGUGCAGAGUCCCUUGGAGCUAAAGUUGUCAGCACAUCUGCGUCUACAAGCAUUUUAA